AUGGGUGGUCAAGGCAGAGAAGGCGGCAAGGUCAAGCCCCUUAAGGCUCCUAAGAAGUCGCAGAAGGACCUCGAUGAAGAUGACAUGGCGUUCAAGGAAAAGCAAAAAGCCGACGCCAAGGCGAAGAAGGAUUUGCUAGACAAGGCCAAGGGCAAGGGUCCUUUGAACACGGGCUCCCAGGGUAUUAAGAAGUCGGGAAAGAAAUAA